AUGAGAACGCACGAGGUUCGCGAAGAGCAAAAAUGGUUUUUGAAAAACAACCGUGAUCCUCGUCCGAUAAAAUUCUUUAUGAAAUUCAACUAUCACAGUAAAAGUACUGAAGAAUGGGAGGCUGGCGAAUAUAAGGACGACUGGGCAAACUAUGAGGAUGAGAAAAAUAACCGGAAAGCUGAUCUGGAUGAAAAACUUGACAGUAAAAAACUGUCUGAUGCAACUGUAGUUUCUUCGUUGCCAUCUACUUCAUCGGUAUCAUCUUCACAUCAAAUCAACGAAAACAAUCUUCAGAAGAGUUACGAAAUUAUGAAGAGGAAGAUGAGGAUGGAGCUUCUUCAUCUGCUUCAAAAAAAGCUCGGAAGGGGGCAAGAAAACCCAACUAGUAACGUUUAUAGCGAGUUGGCACAUCAGGUAAUACCGCGAACUGACUCCUCUGAGUCUUCAAAUGUGAUAAAUGAUGAAGAAAGGAUGGUCAAAAAUGAUGAAGAACUAGAGUUAUAUGCCAAGGAGUCAAGCCGGGACGAUGAAGAGAAAUGGAUUGUGUGUGAUACUGAUUUGUGUAACACAUUAACUAAAUGGAAGCUCGACCGCGUACUGAACAAUUUGGGAUUCUACGACAUAGUAGACAUCACACCAGGAUCAAAUAGUGAUUUCGUACGAUCACUACCCAUUGAUGUAGUACGCGAAAUAAGGCAAUCAAAAUAUUGCCAACAGUUAAAAAUGGACGAUACGGAUGGCAUGAAAAAAUAUAUUGCGAAAGAUUUUCGUAAGCUUGUAGAUGAAAGCUACAUUGGUGAAAAGUGUCUGCUCGCCUCAUCAGAGGAUCGCAAUUUGGAAAAGAACGAUGGGGAAGAUCGUAGUGCUGGCCGAAAAAUAGACAUCAUCUGGUCUAUGAAACCGACCGACCUCGAGUUUUCCAUAUGCGAAUGUACGAAAUGUCAAUACCUUCCUGGUGGAUUAUACGUUUUCUGUGAAAUUUUACGGUCAAAACUGCCAACAAAUGAGUUUGAAGUGGGAUUAUUGUUACGAUCAGUACCGGCAUUGCUAAAAUUCAGGAAGUUACUUGAGGAGAGUUUGACUGAUCUGAAAGAUUACAUUCAAGAUGCGUGUACUCGUACACCGGAUGAUAAUGGAAACGCAGACCUAUUUAUUACGCAUACUGAUUUGACGCCCCCAACAAAUAGAAAACAAUCGAAUUAA